AUGGGACCACAGGCAUCGCUGGGCGGCAUCGUCACGGGCGCCCUCGUCCUCAGCGUGCUGUCCUGGAUCGUGGCCCUCGCUGGUGUGUGGUUCCAGUUCUUUGUGCUGGUGCUCAUCCUCGCUGCUACCUUCACGAGCUACAAGUCCCUGGCCAACACCAACUACACGUUCUUAGGCAUGGUGACCGUGGUGCUCAUGGUGACAGCCGACCAGUCACGCAACCUGGUCUCUGCCCUGUCUGGCAGCCGUCGCCAGGCAGCCCAGGCCUCACUUGCGGGCACCAUCCUCCUCAUCAUCUUCAACAUCGUCCUGAUCCUGGCCAUCGCGGCAGACCCUGAGGAUGCGGCCGUCUCCAACACCAGCCACCGUGCACCACAGCAGAGCAAGGCCGCCACCAGCCCCUCCAUGACGAGCAACCCCGUUGCGACUGUGUAA